CUUCCUUGGAGUCACGUGAAAAUGAGCAGAGAGUGGGUCACAAGCUUAGGGUCCGCCUGUGACAGAAUGAUCCUUCAGUGGCAGCCCGUGGGCAGCUGUGGGCACACAUCCCCACUCACGCGUGAAUGUCCAGGCGACCUCUAUAUAUACAGACCCUGCAAGCCUGGCCCCGUAGGAGUCCUGGCUGGGGCUGCAGGAGCCAAGGCCCACUUUGAACAGGGCACCCUCCACGUUGUUCUCCCAUCCUGACUCUUGCCUUCAGACACAGGAUGCUAUCCUUUCCCCAUGUGAUGGCCUGCUCACGGACCUGCUCCCGCUUCCUCGGACUGAGCCUUGGGACCGCAUCCCUGUUUGCUGCUGGGGCCAACAUCGCUCUCCUCUUUCCCAACUGGGAUAUGACCUACCUGACAAGGGGCCUCAUUGGCAAGCAUGCCAUGCUGGGCUCUGGGCUUUGGGGAGGAGGAUUCAUGGUACUGGUGGCGGCGACUCUCAUCUCCAUGACAGGCUACUUCAGAAAGAGCACACCCUGUCUGUGUAUGCUUAUUGCUCUGUUAUCAAGUGGCCUGGCUCUACUUGGGGCCUUGGUUUGCUUUGUCACUUCUGGAGUAGCCUUGAAAGAAGGUCCCUUUUGCAUGUUUGACGUCUCAUCCUUCAAUCAGACACAAGCUUGGAAAUUUGGCUAUCCCUUCAAAGACCUGCCCAACAGGAAUUAUUUGUAUGACCGCUCGCUCUGGACCUCCGUCUGCCUGGAGCCCUCUAAGGCUGUGGUGUGGCACGUGGCCUUCUUCUCCACCCUGGUGUGUAUCAGCCUCCUCCAACUUCUCCUGGUGGCCAUUCACUUCAUCAAUAGCAUCCUCGGCCUGUUGUGCAGCUUCUGUGAGAAGAGCUAGGUAAUGGAUGUCCUUUCAUGAUGUGUUGCUGUUCUCACUGCAAGGACAGGGCUUGAAUCCCUGUUAGGCCUUCCUAUGGCUGCCAGCACUUUCUUGCACAGUGGGGGAAAUAGUACAAUAAAAUGAAACUCACAAUGUA